GUUCGCAUUUUUUCAAUAAAAACUUGCUCUUUUAUAUCAUCGUUUGAAUUUUCAUUAGUUGGAGUGAAUAUAUUUGAUAUAAUUAUCAUUAAUAAUGUGGUGAAUGUUUGAGCAGUUGGGAAAAGUGUUAUCUAUGUUUUCGUGAUGUUUUGCAAUUUAACAUUGCGCAGUAGCCAUUCACCAGAUUAUAUACUAUUGUCGAUUUAAUAGAAAGAAAAGUAUAAUAUUAUAUCCAAGCCCUGAGAUGUUAUUAGCCAUAUACUUUCAACUGUAUUUAUUUGCUAUGAUACUGAAUGAGAUUAAAUACGAAUCUAAACUAAAAGUAAAAAAGUAUCAUCACUCGGUAGAUGAAGAAAAAAAUUAUCAAUGUGAUGAAAUGUCGAAUAAUCCAGAGCUCAUAGUUCGCCGCCCAGUUUAUCAACAAGAGGAUCUUGAUAGAUUUUUCGAAUACUCCAAACCAUCUUCAACAUUAAGAAAUAGUUUAAAGAAAAAAUAUAAAAAUUUUAAAUUAAAAUCAUGCCUGAAAAAAACUAUCCCUAUGUUGGACUGGUUUCCAAAUUAUCCAUGGAGAGAAAAUAUUCUCGGAGAUAUAGCAGCAGGAUUUACUGUAGCAGUAAUGCAUAUUCCUCAAGGAAUGGCUUAUGCAAUGCUCGGAAAUGUUCCACCAGUAGUUGGCAUGUACAUGGCAUUCUUCCCUGUCCUUAUUUACAUGAUUUUCGGAACUUCUAGACAUAAUUCUAUGGGAACAUUUGCUGUAAUUUGCAUGAUGACUGGCAAAGUAGUUUUAACUCACAGUACUAUUGCUAAUAGUCAAAAUUCAACUUCAGUAGAAUCACCAUCAAUAGAAUAUUUGCAGACAUCUAAUCAAUUUUCUCCCCUAGAAGUGGCAACUGCAGUAACGUUUGGCGUAGGCAUAUUACAGUUGGCAAUGUAUGUGCUGCGUCUAGGGCUGAUAUCAUCCCUCUUGUCAGAAACUUUGGUCAGCGGUUUUACCACAGGAGCUGCUGUUCACGUAUUCACAUCGCAAAUCAAAGAUCUCUUGGGAUUACAACUCCGUAAACGUCGUGGUAUUCUCAAAGUCGUUUUCACUUACUAUGAUGUCUUCAAUUCAAUCGAUAAUUUGAAUACCACUGCCAUGAUAAUAUCUGGAAUUACAAUACUUGCAAUAGUCUUCAAUAACGAAGUUUUGAGGCCACGUGUGAGUAAAUACUGUGCCUUCCCUAUUCCAAUCGAAAUGAUCGCAGUAGUUAUAGGCACAUUAGUUUCUGUUCAAAUGAAUCUCACUGAAGCCUAUAAUGUUGUCACUGUUGGAGAGAUACCUGUCGGACUACCAAUGCCUUCAAUGCCACCAGUAUCUCUUUUAUCAUCGAUAAUGGUUGAUUGCUUUGUUAUUACCAUGGUAUCAUACAGUAUUUCAAUGUCAAUGGGUUUAAUUUUUGCUCAAAAAUUUAACUAUGAGAUUGAUGCUAAUCAAGAAUUAGUAGCACAAGGUCUAGGUAAUUUAUUUGGAUCAUUUUUCUCAUGUAUGCCAUUUACAGCAUCUUUGUCAAGAUCUUUAGUGCAAACUGCAGUUGGUGGAAAAACUCAGUUAACUAGCUUAAUAUCUAGCUUUUUGCUACUCUUUGUCUUGCUCUGGAUUGGACCCUACCUUGAACCAUUACCAAGGUGUGUCUUGGCAGCUAUAAUCGUCGUGGCACUUAAGGGAAUGUUUCUUCAAGUUAAAGAUCUAGUCAGGUUUUGCAAAUUAUCAACAACUGAUGCCAUGGUUUGGAUUGUUACGUUUCUUAUUGUCGUUAUUCUAGACAUUGAAUAUGGAUUACUUGUUGGAGCUCUUCUAUGCUUCAUAAAACUCAUUACUUUAUCCAUGAAACCAUAUACUUGCAAGUUAGGUGUUGUUCCAGGGACUGAGAUUUAUUUAGACACUAAUAGAUAUAAUAAGACUGUUGAAAUACCUGGAAUUCGAAUGUUCCAUUAUUGUGGUGGUCUUAACUUUGCAACCAAACUUCAUUUUAGACAAGAAGUAUUUAAAGUUACCGGCGUGAAACCACAAGAUGAAUUGAACCGUCGUAUUAAAGCCAACGAUAAAGAAAUAACAGAAGAAAAAGUUCAAAAAUUACGAGUAUUAAUACUCGACUUUUCUGCACUUAAUCAUAUUGAUCCAGCUGGUGUAGCAACUAUUCGAAGUCUUAUCAAAGAUUAUAUGAAGAUUGGAGUUUCAGUUUAUCUUUCCGGUUGUUCAGGACCAGUAUUUGAGACAAUAAAAAAAUGCAAUACUGUUGAAAAAACAGAAUCAUUCAUGAUAUUUCCAACUGUAAGUGAUGCAGUGAAUUAUGCUCAACACGAGAAUGUGAUUUCCCCGGUGCCAAUGUGGACGUGCGGGCCUAUGUAUGAGGAAGAAAAUAGUAUAAGCCGACUGUGAUUUUAUUAGCUCAAAGUCUUUUUAGAAUUAUUUCGUUUUUUUAAAUUUACAUUAGUAAAAAAAUUUAUCUGAUGACAUUUAAUUUUUAAUAUUAUAUCUUGAUGAUGAAUAUUUAUAGAAGUAUUUAUUCUGAACAAUAUAAAUGUCAAAAGAUGAAAAUAAGUUUUAAAAAAUAUCGUCAUCUAUAAAUGAUAAUUACAAUAUUUUUCUAAAAGGAUGUAAAGUUGAAAUUUAAAAAUCAUGUAACUUAAGGAAAGGUGAAAGGACUUUCAAAAUUAU